GACUCAACAUGAUGUUGCCACUUGUCCUUCAUGUGCCCUUUAAACCAGGAAUGUAAACAAGCGAUUAAAGUCUGCAAAGUUCCCACGAUUCCUCGCAUACCCGAGACACACACAGAACUUCCCCAUUAGCAUAUCUGGCAUACCUGAGUCUGACAGAAAACCCAGCCGGACUACACACAAGAGAGUCUCACUGAGAACCACACCUGCUCCUAAUGCACUUAAAAUAACAGUACCACCCCUCACUGUUUCUAUUAAUGCAUAUCUGAAGAAACCUACAGCUUACAAUGCAAAACACUUCACAACCCAAUCAUGUUUGAAUCUGCUCAAAAUAAACAAGAAAAUCCAAAAAGAUUGGAUUCAAUAUGGUGAUUCACUUUUUUGAGCAGCUUUCUUCGUUACAGAAAGUUGCGAUGUCUCUUUUUUGUUGGAGGUUUGUGAUGCAACGGCAGGUAAUUCCCGACUAAUUAACUCAUGUCAUGAUGUUCUACCGACGCAUGAUGAGAAUCGUUCCAUUCACAAAUGUGGAAAAACAGCAAUCACAACAUUUCUGAGCUCAAAGGGAUCCGCCCACGGCGCUUAUGUUGCUCUGAACCACACAGUGACGUUUAGCUCAGAAGUUAUUUGAGGAAGAUGAGGUGACUCACCUGCACUGGAUCUCACCUGGACGGCAAGUCUUCACUGCCAUUUCCCUGAAACACAGCGUGCUACUAGGAUUUCGUACAUCUCAGCAAACUUUCAAAUAACUCAAGCCAUCGAAAAGUGCAUGAAGUCAAGCGCAAAAACAGUAAACAGGUGAUCAUCAAGUGAAUACUCUCAGUUGAAAUUUCCAUUAGGAGAAGAUUGAUUUAAUAUCUCCCAUGAUGGCAGAACACGGUGACCCUUGCACUGAGUCAGAGGCCAGCUUUUGCAUGAAUGGAGGAACAUGCUUUAAAAUACGCUCGGUGUCUACUCCCACGUGUGUUUGCAGUGUGAACUAUGAGGGCAGCAGAUGUGAGCAGUUCCAGCUGUUCAGUUUCUCUCGGGACAGUGAGGAGAAGGGCAUGAUCGCUGCUGUGGCCAUCAUCGCCCUCCUCAUCCUAGUGGUGCUCGGUGUGGUCAUCUACUACAUCUGCAAAAUAAAGGGAAACGCCCGGAGUCAACCAAAACCUGAGGCAUACUGGAGAGUCCAAUCAAACAGUCAGCCGGUGUGACUUUUAAGCCAGAU